AUGGUGUUGUUGGUACUGCUUUUAUUUGUUGUAACGUCAAAAAAAAUCGACGAGUUAUUGAAAGAAGUAGAUGAAGCGGAUGAUGAGACUGCACCAAAAGAAGGACUUCUUGAAUUGUCUUCACAAACGUUCAAAAAAAUCACCAAUGAAGACAAAUAUGUGUUUGUUCUAUUUUACGACCCCACGUGCCCACACUGCAAAAAGGUCAUUCCCCGUUUCAGACAACUCGGGUUCUUAAUGAAGGAUUCCACCGAUUUUAUUGUCGCUCAACUCGAUUGCGAUAUGUACCACUCGUACUGCCACAAACAGUCUUUUUUGAAGGGUUAUCCUUCUCUUUUCUUAUUCCACAACGGGACUAUAUACCAAGAGUAUAAAAUGUCAUACUCUCCUGAGGCAAUGAAAGAUUUUGUCCUUUACCUGAUCAAAGAAUCUCAAAACAAUCAACACCCACAGAAGACUGAACUGUGA